AUGGAAACGCAAACGACGUCGUCGUCGUCGUCGUCACCGGCGGAGAGGAAUAUGAAGGUGCUGGUGGCCGUAGAUGAGAGCGAUUGGAGUUUCUACGCACUGAGAUGGGCCCUUGAUCAGUUCUUCACCGCUUACCCUGCACAGUCACAACACCAUAACUUUCUCACCUUGCUCAACGUCCAGCCAAAUUUUCAGCCUUUCGUUUACCCAGCUGGCCCAGUUGUGUAUGCAACUCCCAUGGUGAUUGAUGCCGUGAAGAAAGCCCAAGAGGAGAAUGCUACCAACAUUCUCUCUCGUGCCUUGCACCUGUGCAAAGAAAAGAAGGUGAAGGCAGAAACUCUGAUUCUUCAAGGUGAUCCGAAGGAUAAGAUAUGUCAAGCAGCCAAGGAAUUGGGCGUUGAUCUUGUAGUUGUUGGUAGUCGUGGGCUUGGUGCGAUUAAAAGGGCAUUGCUGGGAAGUGUGAGCAAUUAUUGUGUGCAUCACGUGCAUUGCCCCGUUCUCAUCGUGAAGCCGCCUCCCAAACAGGCUCAUGACUGA